UGUUGAUCUACUUUCGUCAGCUCGACGAGUAUGUACGAAAUAUAUUUAUAUGCUUUUAUAUAUACUCAUAUUCAUAUAUAUUUGCAUUAUGCCUUUCCAAAUCAGAUAUAAGAGCCAGUGCAGUCUGCAUUUAUGAUACUUGAGUUCAUAUUCUGUCGGAAUGUUGAAGUUGCAAUCUGCCAGUUGGUUUCUACUGCUGCUACUCGCCUUGGCAGACGCACAGCAAUGCAGCUGGCAGUACAAUCUGCAGACCAACCAGCCCAUCAAUAUAACUAGCUCCAAUUUUCCAAGUGCUCUGCCAGCGGGUAGCAAUUGUCGUUAUCUGCUAAAAGCACCGCCCAAUCACGUCAUCCAAGUGAAUUGUCGCUUCGAAGUGUAUCCCGACAUCUGUCAGUCCAAAAUUCUGUUCAUCUCGCGUGACGGAGAUAUUCAAUUUCGGGAUGCGGAGCGAUAUUGUCGCAUGGGUCAACUGAGUCGCACCUCCAACUACCAAAGCCUGGCCUUAGCCUACCAGUCGAACAGCGCCUCCACACAGCAACGAGCCAGGCUAAGCUGCCAAGCGGUGGCACGUCGAGUAGCUUGCGACUGCGGCUGGUCACAGCCGACGCGCAUCACGAACGGCGUUGAGGCAACCAAACACGAGUUCCCCUCAACAGUGGGUCUUCGUGACGUUAGCUCCAAUCAGCCCAUAUUCUGUGGCGGCAGCAUUGUUAGCGAUCGCUUCAUAGUUACCGCAGCGCAUUGCACCACCCAGCGAUCGCCCAAUCGUAUUUUAGCCCUAGUCGGUGAUCACGAUCUCACCAGUGCCAGCGAAUCAAUAUUCGCCCUUCAGUAUGCCAUACAAAACAUUAUAGCUCAUCCAGCCUACAACAACAUUGGAGAUUCCAAUGACAUCGCUUUGCUCCGGACCGUUGCAGCCAUUGAAUUUUCACGCGGCGUGGCGCCCAUUUGUCUGCCCUUUGGACAAACACAGCUCGCGGAAACCUACGAAAUUGUUGAUAUUGCUGGCUGGGGCACUUUGGGCUUUGGCUUGUCCAAAUCAAAUACGCUGCAAAAGGCCAGCUUGAUGACAAUUGUAAAUGCCGAGUGCAGCGUACGGUAUAAUGCGACCAUAGCACCCAAUCAGGUGUGCACCUACGACUAUUUGGGAUUGGGCCAAGAUUCGUGUCAGUACGAUUCGGGCGGUCCGGUUAUCAUACGUCAACGAUCCCGCAUGUUUCUACUCGGCAUCAUCAGCUAUGGGCGCGCCUGUGGCCAGCGGUAUGGCAUCGGAGUAAACACUCGCAUCUCGGCCCAUCUCGACUGGCUGUGGCGGUACGUGGGCGGCGCGGUGUGCGCUCGGUAGGACGGAUGGUGUUUAUUGACUGCAAUGUGAUAUGCUGGCAGUUGUUAGCAGCUCGACAAUUGCUAGACAGCUCUCUGGGUAUUGGCCUUGAAGCCAUUUGAUGCUUCAGCAGUUUCUUUAGCUGCCGUUGCUAUACAGCCUGAUGCUUCUUCGAGUGUUGACAAAAGCCUUAAUUUGCAUUUAAAUUAAAAAGCUGUGACAUGUUUUGCCUACAUUUAAACAACGCACAAACUUGCAGUCCCCAUUCUUCCAGCAUUGCAGCCUACAGCACUGUGCAUAGUUCUUACCAACUACAAUCAAAUUUACUGACAUUUUAUAC